CAAGAAAGCGACGCUGGGAAGGAACUUCUGGAUACUCUGGAAAUCCUAUACCUGAACCCAGUUGGCAGUGACCUGAUCAUUUUCUGCGGCGAGGAACGCCAUCUUGUUCAUCAGAAUCUGGUGUGUACACGUUCUGCCUUCUUCGCGGAUGCCUGUUCAUGGGGCGAUAAUGCGCAACAUGUCCAGCGUGAGGUGAUACUUGGAGAAGACCCUGCCAUCGUCAAGCAGAUAGUUCGAUACUUCUACUACGAUGAUUAUGCUGUCGAUCCUACUUGGGAACACUCGCAAUUAGAAAUCCUGGUUUUGACGGAGCCCCGAUGUCGUGCUCUUCUCUUCCACAUGCACAUCUAUGCAUUAGCCAGCAAACUCCAGAUUGAGGGCCUGAAGGAGCUUUCCAUGGAUCGAGCCAAACUUGAAUUGAGCCGAGAUCUGUCGCAUCUAAUGCUGGUAUUCUCAAUCAGUGGAGCCUAUUCAUUGACCGAUGCGGGUAGCCAGGAGCUGCGAGAUAUGGUGGUGGGGGUUGCCAUAAAGCAGCUACAUCUGUUGUUAGAGCUGCACAACAGAAGGGAAUAG